AGAACAUAUCAAUAAAAUCUACACAAAAUUCUCUAUCUUUUAGCAUCAGAACCAAACCUUCUGGUCGAGUCUAAUUUGAGAAAAAAGCCUAUCAAAAACCGGCAAUUUCCUCUGCCGUACCCGUUAUUUACUUCAUGAUUUAUCAUACAACGAACAACAACCAUUAUCAUUAGAAGACAUAUUUACACAGUCGAAAAUUCAUGACACGUCAUAUAUUAAUAAAAAUAUAUAAACUACAUAUAUGAAUGAUUUUAAAACAACAUUUAAUACAUUAUUUCAGCAAACAGUAGUUAAAAAUAUAUUGUAUUGCAGAUUAAAUCAUAAUCUUGUUAAAUUUAAUUCAUUGUUGUAUAGACACACAAGACAGAUAUCAUUGUCAUAUAUGUUUAAUAUCUGCUUGAUGGUAAAAAUUGAUUUUUUACCGCUUGUCGUGAAGAAAAAAAAGUACUUUCUUGACGUAUUAUACGCAGAUGCAUUCUUUUCAGAAGGAAGUUCAAUACUCCCGAAGUUAUUUCAGAACCUGCUUCUUUCUGCUCAAUUUGAUUUGUGAUUUAUUCAUUUCCUUAUAUUUCCAUUUUUAAAUCUAAAAGUUGACUGCUCGUUCUCUAAAUGACUCACAAACACAAAUUAUGUUACGUGGUAUUAAACGAACAACGACAGCAACUCAUGCCGUAUUUUUGGAUUCACAAUCACUUCAAUAUACGUUUGGACAGCUGCGAAUUGGUUGAAAAACAUAAUCAUAUUGUAUACAGUUAUCGCAGACGUACAUUUUCUAGACAAUUAGACACCAUGAGUAUGGAUAGACAAGAUUUUUUCAACUUUUUUUUUGUCUUUGAAUAGUGUUUGUUUUACUUUAUAGGACUAAAGACAUUUCUGUGUUACUAAAUUAAGGCAACUUACAGGUGGAUCAAGCACAUACGAAUACGAUACAUUAGAACAAGCAGACAGUGGUGAUGAAGAUGAAAAAAAAGAACAAUCAUCUCUUACUAGUCCAUCAACAGAAGCUUCAUCUACAGCAUUAAUAUACUUUACACCAGUUAAUGCCAAAAAACAUAUUUUAACAAUAAAAAAUGAUACAGCACAAAUACUAUUUGUGGUUUUUGUAUUAACAACAUUAACAAUUGUUGCAUCACGGCAUAACAGUAUUGAAUCUUUAGAUAAAAUUUAUGGGCCGGAAUUAUCAACAUCAGUAUCAAAAGAAGAUUGUGAAUUUAAUGGACAAUAUUAUAUGAAUGGUCAAAUAUUUAUGGACGAUUGCAAUUAUUGUGGCUGUGCUUAUAAACAAGUUACAUGUACAGCGAUGCUCUGUCAUACGAGAGAACCAGGAUAA